UUAUAUAGAAUAGCUAGCUUGCUACCUUCCCUAUCUACUUACGUAGCUAUCUGAAGGACUUAUCCACAUCCCUCUUCAAUACUAGUAUAUGGUUUAUGGCAGCCUAAAAUUACGCUUCCUCACCACCACUCCACUUGAUAUGAAUGGGAAAUGAAAAACUUCUCCUCAGGAAUCCAUUUCCCAGACCAACCAAGAAUUUCAGAAGAAAGAGAAAGCACAGAGGAAGGUAAAUUACCACAACAAGAAGUAGAAAAAAGAUCAGAGUUCAACAAUUGUGAAUGGGAUUUCAGUCUCUCGACGGUUGUGUCCUCCAAAGACUGCCGCGGCGCCGCAUCCAACACCCUCGGUGUAAUCGAGUUCGACCCAUCAAACACCGUCUUAGCCACCGGCGGAAUCGCCAGAAAAAUCAGAGUAUACAGCCUGAAAUCUCUAUUGCCCAAUUACGAUAAUCAAAGUUGUGGAAGUUCAAGUGAUACUAUGGCGGAUUUGAUAGACCACGUAGAUGCAUGCGACUACACCAUUUGCACUCCCGCCAAGCUCAGCAGCCUCCGCUGGCGCCCCGGAUCCGACGGCCGGGUCAUGGCCUCCGGCGACUACGACGGCGUCGUCACGGAAUACGACCUCAAAACAAAACUACCCAUCUUCGAGCGCGACGAGCACGGCGGGCGCAGAGUCUGGAGCGUGGAUUAUUCGCAUUCUGAUCCGGUUCUCGGAGCGUCUGGCUCCGACGAUGGGACACUACAGAUGUGGGACCCGCGCUGCGAGGGCGGGGAUUGCGUGGCGAGUGUACAGCCCAGUGACGCGCGAAGUCCGGUCUGCUGCGUGGAGUUUGAUCCGUUCGGGGCGCUUCUGGCCGUUGGAUGCGCGGACCGGAAGGCCUACGCCUACGAUGUUCGGAAAAUGGCGGGCCCGGUUAUGGUCUUCUACGGACACAGGAAAACCGUGACGUACGUGCGGUUUCUCGACAGCCGAACGGUGGUGACAGCUGGAACGGACGGGUGUUUGAAGCUGUGGGACACGGAGGAUUCGCGGGCGAUUGAGACGUACAAGGGGCACGCGAACAGUCGGAGCUUUGUUGGGUUAUCGGUGUGGAGAAACGGAGGGCUAAUUGGAUGCGGGUCGGAAAAUAACCGGCUUUUCGUGUACGAUAAGAGGUGGGGCGAGCCCAUUUGGGUCCACGAGUUUGGGGCGGUGGCUGCCGGUGGCAGUAGUGGUGGGUGCGGUGACGAGGAAGGCGCGUUUGUGAGUAGCGUGUGCUGGCGACAAGUUGGUGAGGAGCAGUGCACGCUGGUGGCGGGUGGAUCAGAUGGGGUUUUGCAGGUUUUUCUGGGGAGGAGGAAGUCACUCAUGUCGGGAGGAAGAGAUGAAGCUAAAAGAGAAGUUUGAGGAGACACGGAAGGAGUUUCUGUGUAAAAGACAGGCCUUUGAACACUGGUACGAAAAGUAUGUGCAGAGGCAUGCUGAAAUGGAUUAGGAGAGAGGUGAAGAUGCAAUUCCCAAGGACCCGGUCUCAGAGAAGAAAUUCAUUGCUGAGAGCUUGAAGAAGAGAAUGGAAAAGGAAUGCGAAGCUCACCAAAGACACUGUAUCCAGGUGAGGGAUAAGUUACUUGGGAGUCUCAAAACUCGCUUGCCUGAGAUCUUCCGCGCCAUGACAGACUACACUAAUGCAUGUUCCAUUACUUCGUCUGCUUCCAUCAAUGGCGAGGCGGCUGAAAAAAAAUAUGUCAUAAAAGAACUGGCGCGGAAGAAGAAAUGGGAGAAAAAGCAGGAUUGAAUGGGGAAGGAAGGAGAAGACUCCUCAUAUGCCACAAUCACCAUUUAAUUCUAGCUUUUUUUUUUAAUUAUUGGUUUAUUAAAUGGUUUUUAAUUUAAAUUAAAUUCUUAUUAAUUUAAA